GCCUAUUUGGGAUGACGGGAACCAAUGAGCUAUCACCAGUAGCUUGUGCAGCUUGACCACCAAGAUUGACGUGGAAGACACGUCAAAUUGAUCUGAACAAACUUCAGGCAGAUAACUUCAGUAAUUCCCAUCUAAUCGGAUAAAGAUCACCCAGCGCUUUUGUCUCCUUGCAUUUGAAGUUGCUGUUCAAACACCACAAGAGAGCAGUUUGUGAAGGAAGUGCCUUAAAGAUCAGAACCCUCCUCCAAAACAGCUCAUUGGAGAGCACUCUGCUCUCCCCCGUCCAUGUAUCUCUGGGUUACUUCUGUUUGACUUUCUUCAGUUCUCUGCAGUCUUUUCCUGGCUUUUUUUUCAUUUUCUCACGGGAUGGAGCAAGCCUAUGGAGAAGUGAACCAACUGGGUGGUGUGUUUGUGAAUGGAAGACCUCUUCCCAAUGCCAUCAGACUGCGGAUAGUGGAGCUGGCCCAGCUAGGAAUCAGACCUUGUGAUAUAAGUAGACAGUUACGUGUGUCCCAUGGAUGUGUGAGUAAAAUCCUGGCUAGGUAUAACGAGACUGGCUCCAUCCUACCAGGGGCUAUUGGUGGAAGCAAACCCAGAGUCACCACUCCUAAUGUGGUGAAACACAUCAGGGAAUACAAACAAGGAGAUCCAGGCAUCUUUGCUUGGGAAAUUCGAGACAGGCUGCUGGCUGACAACGUCUGCGACAAGUACAACGUUCCUUCUGUAAGUUCAAUUAGCAGGAUUUUGAGGAAUAAAAUUGGCAAUCUGUCUCAGCCAAGCCAAUAUGAAAAUUCCAAGCAGCAGACAUCACAAGCCACACUGCCAUAUAAUCACAUCUAUCAAUAUCCCUAUCCUAACCCGAUGUCACCUGGGUCAACAAAGAUGGGCAGUCAUCACCCUGGAGUGCAUAUGCCCACUGGACAUGUCAGCAUUGCGAGAUCCUGGCCAUCCGCCCAUUCUGUCAACAACAUUCUGGGUAUCCGCACCUUUAUGGAACAAACAGGAGCUAUUGCUGGAGCUGAGGGCUCAGUCUACUCCCCCAAAAUGGAAGAAUGGGCAAGUGUUAAUAGGACAGGGUUCCCUACCUCCCAGAAUAUUAACUGUAUUGAAAAGGCUGCUGUGGAUCCUGACAUGAAGUACCCUCAGACUGCCUCAAGCUUGUCUUCCGUGGGAAGUUUUGUCCCUGCUUGUGCCUACCCUUCUACCAACCAAUAUGGGGUGUAUGGUGGACCUGGAGCUGGUUAUGUUACCCCAGGGCAUCAUUGGCAGGCACAAGGCAGCCCCCUAGCUCAUCAUGGGCCAAGCGUGACUGUUCAUGGAGGAGAAAUUGCAGCCCCUAUGACCUUCAAGCACCAAGUCAGGGAAGUGGUGAGCAGAAAACAGACUAGUCCAGUCAUUAAAUCCCAUGAAGCCCACAAUAAUAAUAAUAUACAUGGACUAUCUAUUCCUGCUUCCUCAUCUUAACAAACCAGGGUAAUCCACUACUUGUACAAUUUAAGCCCUAUUCACCCCAAAAGAAAUGUGGCUGAACGUGGAUGAACCUUGAAGAAAUCCAGGCAGAGACCACAGCAUUCUUUCUCAGCAGAUUAGUAAAGAAAGAAUAGGUGAGAUACGAUUUGGAGAUCUGAUGAGUUAUUUACUUUGGGAACCUGAAGCUGGUGCUGAAAUUAACUCUAGACUUCUCUGUUACCCUUUGUUUGCUGUAAUUGCCACCCCCUCCUCUCACAAAUGUGUCCCUCGCUCACUAACACCUGAUAUGCACUAAACCUUUCAUAUAUAAAGUGGAUCAUUCCUGGCUGGCUGUUUUAGCAGACACUGAUAUUUAAUGUUUUUCUUGGAUACAUUGCCCCCCCCCCACCAUCAAAUUAUUGGAAUAUGAUGUAUGAUGUGAAACAAUGUUUGUGAGAGUAAUGUAUAUCCUAGAUUGUAAAUUUACAAAUAAAUAACAACAUUUUAUUUUAUAUUUUUAUAAACUUAAAUAUCAUAAAUAAAUGAAAUUGACAUUGAUUUGUGUAUGUUGGAUUAUUGGAUACAUGGAUUACUACUGUCAAUCUAAUAGAUUUUAUUGUAUAAUUUUGAUUCGAUAAACCUUGAUUACAAUGAAUAUCUAAUGUAGAGGGACUAGAAACCCACGUGCAUGACAGACUUGGGAAAACACUUGCAUGGUAGUAAGAUUUUGUUUUAAGAGUUUAAUGUUUUU